AUGAAAAAGAGUGAUAGUAGUAGUAGUUUAGUUUUUAGUGGUAUUCAAAUUGAAAUUAAUAAUAACUAUGGUAGUGGUAGCGGAAGCAACAACAACAACAACAACAACAACAACAACAACAAUAUUAAUAAUAAUAAUAAUCCAAAUAAUAAUCCAAAUAAUAAUGGACCACCACUUAGACCAUCUUCAGAAUGGGUAUUACUCUCUUCAUCUCAACCAACAAUAGCCACUACAACCAACUUAACGACAAAUGCCCCACUAAGCGAUAGUAUGAUAAUGAAUUAUGUAGGAAAUGAUAAUUUAAAUACCCCAAUUACACCAUCAACUAGCUCUCCCUAUUUAAAAAGGAAUAAUAGUAAUUUAAAUAGUAUAAUCGAAAAUAGUAACAACUCUUCACCAAGUAAUGCAAUCACUAGAAAUAAUAGUUUUAAUAUGGAUCCUAACAAUAAUAAUAAUAAUAACAAUAAUAAUAAUAAUAAUAAUAAUAAUAAUAAUAAUAAUGGUGAAUAUAUGAAUUCAAGUAUAGUGUUCGAUAAUAAUGUAAAUAAUAAUAAUAAUAAUCCAAAUAAUAAUCCAAACAAUAAUGUUCAUAGUAAUUCACAUAAUACAAAUAAUAGUAUAACUCAUAGUGGUAGUAUUACCAGCAGCAAUAGUAAUAAUAAUAAUAGUAAUAAUAAUAAUAAUAAUAAUAGUAAUAAUAAUAAUAAUAUCAAUAAUAGUGUAAAUAGUGUAAAUAGUUUAAUGAUGAAUUCUGAUAAAAAUUGCAAUCAUCAAUUCCCAUCUGACGAUGUUUUAAUUAGUAAUGAACAUGAUAUCAUUGAUUUAGCAUUGAAUAAAGAGUUCUUAAAUCAAUAUCGUAUUCAAACUAAUAGUAUUUUCAUAAAUUCACAACAUGUAAUAAAUCAAGAUGUUCAAAGUUAUCAAGAUUACGAAUCAUUAUUAUCCUCAUAUAAUACCAUUUUAAAUCAAUUAUUACUAAUUACUUCUUCAAAUAAAAAUAAUAAUAAUAAUAAUAAUCCAAAUAAUAAUAAUAAUAAUGUAACAUCUCCAAAUUCAUUAUUAUCACCACCAUCAACUUCUCAAUUACAGCAACAACAACAACAACAACAACAAUCUCCUUCACCACCAUUAAACAAUAAUAAUAAUAAUAAUAAUAAUAAUAAUAAUAAUAAUAAUAAUAAUAAUAAUAAUAAUAAUAAUAAUAAUAAUAAUAAUAAUAAUAAUAAUUAUUAUUUAAUGAGCACAUCAACAAUGAGUUCAACCACAACAAACCUAUCAACUAGUACUAAUUCAAAUAUAAAUACAAAUAUACCAACCAAUUAUAAUAUGAGUACGUCAAUUACAGCGACAACUACUACUACUACAGCAACAAAUACUAUAGCAAUAGGUACAACAACUACUGCUGCAAUAACAACUGCUGCAACAAAUUCAACAAAUUCUAAUAAUUUAAAUUUAUCAUCAACUAAUUUAGGAUUAGAUAAUAAUUUUCUUUAUCAAAGGAUUUUACCAGAGAUACUUUCAUUAUUAGAAAAGUUAACAGUGUUUUCUAGAAAUAACGAUACAGAAAUUUUCAACAGGUUAGGCAAUAAUGUAAAACUAAUAUUCGAUCAUUUAAAUCUAAUAAAGAAUGAUAUUUUAGAAGCAAACUUUUCACACCUAAGUGGUAUCUUUACAAUUUAUAAUCAUACCAUUAUUAGUAGUGAUAAAACUACUAAACAAUUUGUAUUUAGGUUUUUACAUUCAUUAGCACCAAUGACUGUACCACCUGCGAUUGUAGUCACCCCAGAAUUAAAAAAAGUUGUACAAAAAAUUCAUUUUUCAAAACCAACUUUCACUCCAUUAUGUAUUGAAUGGAAAGAAAUUUGUAAAUAUAUUGAUGUAUUGAAAUCAGUUUCAUUAUUUAUAGCACAAGUUGGUCAAUAUUGUUUUUUAAAUCAAUCAAUAAUUAUCAAUGAUGAAUUAUUGUUUAUACCAUCAAUUUAUGUUUUAUUUGAUAAUAUUCAAAAUCUAUCAAUGAAAGAAGAAAGAUUUCAUAUCGAAUAUAUUCUACAUAAUUUAAAGUUCAUUGUAUCCAAAAUACCAAAACAAACUAGAGAAUUCACAAAAACUGAAAUUGAAAGAUUAUAUUCAUAUAUUAGAGGUAAUCCUUCAUAUGUAAAAGAAAUUUUACCAAAAUUAUUGAAAAAUAUUUAUAUCGAUCCUUAUUUCUAUCAUUUAUGGAAUAAUCAUUGUAUACAUUUAUUAAAUAAUAAUAUCAAUAAUAAUAACAAUAACAAUACAAAUAAUAGUAGUAAUAAUAGUAAUAAUAAUAAUAAUACCAAUAUUAAUAUUGGUAAGGAUAUUGGAAAUGACUUAACACUACUUUUGGUUAGUAAUAAAAAUUCUUUCCUUCUAUCUUUUGAUGAAAGACAUUUCUCAAUAUUUUAUAGUUCAAUCAGUAAUAGUACAACCACAACAAUAACACCAACAAUAACGUCCCCAAAUAAUAAUAGCAAUAGAAUCAACAACAAUAACAAUAAUAAUAAUAAUAAUAAUAAUAAUAAUAAUAAUAAUAAUAACAUCAAUGUAAAUAAUAAUGUAAAUAAUAAUAAUGUAAAUAAUAAUAAUAAUAAUAAUAAUAAUAAUAGCAAUCAAUAUAUUGUAAAUUAUUUUGAUAAUACAACAUCACUUUUAAAUUUUAUAGAAUCGAAUCAAUUUAAAUAUAUAAUUUUAUCAAAUAAAGAAGUAGAGACCAUUAAAUUCUUUAAAUCAGUAUUACCAGUCACAUUACCAUUACCACAACCAUCAAGUCGACAAGCAAUUCUACAACAACAGCAACAACAAAAUUAUAAACCUAGAAUAUUAUGUGGACCUUGUUUAUCAAGAUUUAAAACAAUUUUAGAUGAAUUUGAUAAUGAAGAAUCAAUAGAGAAUCAAAUUUAUUCAAAUUAUUUAAAUAAUAUUAAUAAUAAUGAAAACAUUGAUCCUAAUUUAAUAGAUGGUAAUGAAAAUAAAAUUAAUGGAAAUGAUAAUAACAAUAAUCAUGAUGAUGAUGAAAAAACUAAUAAUAAUAAUAAUAAUAAUAAUAAUAAUAAUAAUAAUAAUAAUAAUAAUAUUUAUAAUAAUAAUAAUAUUGAAGAUUAUAAUAAUAAUAAUGAUAAUAAUUAUAAUUUUGAAAAUGAAAUAAAUGAUAAAGAAAAUGAAUUUAGAGAAUUAGAAAAAGAAAUUAAUGAAAUUGAAAAAGAAGAACAAGAAUUAAUUAAAGAAUAUUUAGAAUUAGAGAAUCGUAAUCAAAUUAAUUUAGAUAUUAAACAAAAACUUGAGGAUAUUUUAAAGGAAAUUAAAUUGGAAGAGAAAACUCAUUAUGAUCUUGUAAAUAACUAUUAUCAAGAAUAUUUCGAUCUUAAACAAGAAGAUGAAAUUUAUACGAAUCAAAUUAAUGCGAUUAGGGAUCAACUUGAGAGAGUUUCACAAAUUGAUAUUAAUAAAAUCACUUUUAAAAUUGAAUUACCAAAUACUGGUGUCAAUGGUGGUAUUGUUGGUUAUAAUGAAUCAUCAAAUACAACAAUUUCAUCUAUUAAUGGUUUUAGAUUAGGUACUUUAUCAAAUUUAAAAGUUGAUUGGGAAGAAAUUAAUAGUGCAUGGGGUGAAACAUCAUUACUAUUAUAUGUUUUGGCAAGUCAAUUAGAAUUUAAUUUUCAAAAUUAUAAAUUAAUUCCAAUGAGUAGUAAAUCGAUAAUUCAAUCAAAAAAUGAUAAAAUGUCCUAUACACUCUAUGGUGGUGAUAAUAUUCAAUUCUCGAGAUCAUUCCUUUGGUUUGGUGCAAGUGAUCAAAGAUUUGAUAGUGGUAUGGAAGCAUUCCUGUCUUGUGUCAAUGAUAUUGCCACCUUUGUACAAUCAAAGAAACCUUCAAUCAAUUUUAACUAUCGUAUAAGUAAAGAUAAAAUUGGUGAUUCCAAUAGGCUACUCUCUAUAAAGAUUGCUGGUAAUUCCGAAUUAAAUUGGACAAUGGCUCUAAGAUUCAUGUUAAGCAAUUUAAAAAAGAUUUUAGAUAAUUUAGAUUCAAUCGUUGAAUCAAAACAAAAACAACAACAAUUACAAAGACAACAAAGUUUAAAUAAUUUAUAA